AUGAUUUCAAAAAUUUCAAUUCUAUUACAAAUUGUAUUUUCCGUUGCAAUUUUUGCUGAACCACCAUCAAACCAAAACCAAGGCUAUCCAUCAUCAGGAUGGCGCCCAGCAGGACCUGCCUUCAAACUACCAGAAAGGCAAUAUUUACCGCAAGUUGAUUUGAGUUAUGGAAUACCACAAAAGACAUCAACAAAUAAUAAUGGUAAUAUUGAACAAGCAGAACCAAAUGUUGAAUAUGGUGUCCCAGAGACUAGUAUACGUUACAAAGGUUUUGGAAAUUAUGUUGAUCUGACAUAUAACGCUCCACAAGACACUUUGUCAGUACCACCAAAUCAACCAGCAGUCACUUACGGGCCUCCACAAGAAGAAACUACAACUGUACUACCAUCUACUACCGAAGUAGAAAUUACCACUACUGAGUCACCUACUACUACUGAAGAAAACGAAAACCCUGAAGAAGGAAGUGGGUAUAUUGCACAAAAAGACAAUUAUAAAGAUGACAGUGAAAAUAGUCAACAAGGAAUUUAUUAUAUUUAUCAUCCAAGUGGUCUGUUGCAAAGAGUAGCGUAUUCUACAAAAGAUGAUCUAGCUAAUAUGGCUUACAGUGCUCAGUUAAAAUAUGAAAAUGUUGAACCAAUUCGAGGCCCAGUUUACACCUACGACCCAGUUACCUUUUCAUUUAGCAAAUUGUAUAAGUAA